GGCAUUUUCGGAGUCAGUCAAGCUCUCCGAAUAGGUUCCCAUAAGGGACCGAUGUUGUGAGCAAUCUUCGGAGGCCGAAAAACCUGGUUUGCCCGCGGUGAUACGCGGGGUUCAGAGUGUUUCAGGCGCGUAUGCCAGGCGUAUGCAGUGUGGUAACGACGGCGAUCGUUACGAAGAUCGCCGCCUAGUGUGGUUUGUUCCCGCCCUCUUCGGUCACAUCUGGCCACAUCUGGGGUUAUAAGAAGGCCUACACCAUGCGCUGACCCCUCGGAAUCGCCUCCUUCGACGGCCAGUCCCUGUUCGUCGCCAGUCAUGUUCUUUCCUUCAAGUUUCGGCACCGGCGUCGCCACUGUCCUUACGUUGCUCGUCGUAGGAACAAGUGCCGUGGCUCCACUGAACAGGGCAUGGCCACUCGUUAGCAAGGUUGAUCACCCACUGGAUGCCCCGCUCGUGGAUCGCAACGGUACCGAACUUCCGCCUCUAAAUACGACGUACUACUUUGACCAGCUAAUCGACCACACGAACCCGAGCCUUGGGACGUUCAAGCAGAGGUACUGGCAUACCUGGGACUAUUAUGAAAGCGGGGGCCCCAUCAUACUACUUACGCCCGGAGAGGGUAAUGCUGACGGGUACACUGGUUACCUGACAAAUAGGACCGUCAACGGAAUGGUCGCUCAAGAGCUCAAUGGAGCGACCAUCGUUAUCGAACACCGCUAUUAUGGCCUUUCGAAUCCAUACAACAACCUCUCCGUCGAGAGCUUGAAGUACCAUACCAUCGAACAGGCGGUCAACGACUUGGAGUACUUCGCCUACAACGUGAAGCUACCCAUGCCCGGUGGAGAUCAAGUCACGCCUGACGACGCACCGUGGAUCCUGAUUGGUGGUAGCUACGCGGGGGCAUUGACCGCCUUCACGAAAGUGAACAAACCGGAUGCAUUCUACGCCGCCUGGGCCUCCUCAGCCGUCGUGGAGAGCAUUGUCGAUUUCUGGGAUUACUUUGAUGUCAUCCGCCAACACAUGCCGCAGAACUGUUCCGCCGAUGUCCAAGCUGUCAUUGCGCAUAUCGAUUCCGUGUUUGACUCGACCAACUACACGGCCAUUGACGAGAUUAAGACAAUGUUCAACAUGAACCUCACAAACCUUGAUGACUUCGCCAGUGCCUUGCAGAAUCCAAUGUGGGACUGGCAGAGCCUCGAUGUGUCUCCCAAUCUCACGGACCCACGAUUCUACGAGUUCUGCGACGCGCUAGAGGUCAAAGACAAUGAGACCGCACCUGAAAGCGGCUGGGGACUCGAUCAUGCCCUGAAUACCUGGGCAGACUACUGGACUACGACAUAUUUGCCUGAGUUGUGUGGUGACGAAGACAUCGAGAGUUGCGCGGGAACAUACAACCCGAACUCGAGCUUGUACACGACCAUCGCAGUCGACAAUGCCGCGCGUUCUUGGAAUUGGAUUGUGUGUAACGAGAUGGGCUUCUGGCAGGAUGGCGCACCCGCGGAUGUGCCCACCGUCGUGUCUCGUCUCAUUGGACCGGGAUAUUGGGAACGCCAAUGUAUGCUGAUGUUCCCGGAGGCGUUCAGCGCGCCGCCAACGCCGAGUGCGAAUGAGACCAACCAGGCGUAUGGCGGGUGGUUCAUGCAGGCCGAUCGCCUCUUCUUCGCUAACGGAGAGAAUGAUCCAUGGCGUGGUGCAACCGUCUCCGCGGAUGGUACGAAUUUCCAGAGCACUGACAUGCAGCCCAUCGCAGUGGGCGACGGUUUCCAUUGCUCGGAUUUGAUCAUAGCGAACGGAGAAGCAGACUCGACGGUUGCCGCCGUGCAGCAGCAAGGUUUAGCCGCGAUGAAGAGCUGGCUGGAAGGUUGGCAAGCACCGAGUCGUCGGUAAUCGCGCGCUCGUACCUGCAUGCCAGGCAGCAUCGAUCCCUGUGACGGUUUCUUGCUAUUGAUUCACGGAGAUCUAGUGCUAUGACAUGUUAUUUUAUAAUAUAUAACCUCGUCUUGCAUCAUAGGACUGUUUCUAUGUACUAGGAUGCGAUGAGUGGCUUGGUGGAUACUACAGUCACGGUUUGUAGUGACACGUGAGGAGACACACCAGCCUCAUUAUUUCCCAAUGAGCUUAAGAUGUCGUUUGCGAGAGCGAGAGCGGGGAAUGAUUAGCGGUGUGGGGCACAGCCCGCAGGGCUGCCCGACUCGAAGAGUUUGCCUGGACCUGAGGGGCAACGGCUGAGCCGCGA